CAUUGCCAACCCCUCUUAUCUGCAAACUUGCGGAGCAUGACAAUUGCACGUGGGCAACAAGCACAAAAAUGUCACCACUAGUUCACCGUAUGUAAGAUUUCCUUUAUACAGGGUGUGGUCUCAAUAUAUAAAUAGACCAUUUUCCACCCAGAGAACACUUGUUGUCGACCUAUUUAGCAACAUGUUCGUAAAACUGGUCACAUUAGCGUUGUGCUUAUCCUCGGCUUUGGCCAUCUACAAUGGUCCAUUAGCCGGCGGUCUUCCAGCCUCCCUCUACCCAGCAGGAGUGUCCCCACAAGCCUGUCCAAACUUCCCCAACUGCGCCAACCCCGCAGUAGCCGCCAACCCUGACCAAGCCCAAAACCAACAAUGGGGCGGACAACAACAAUGGAACCAACCGCAACCCGCUUGGACUCAACAACCCCAAAACCAAUGGGGCUCACCCCAACAAAACAACUGGAACCCGCAACCCGUGCCCCAAUGGAAUCCAAAUGGCCAAAACACUUUGGACAAAGGCGGAUACACUGGUGAUGGGGAUUACCAUGGCGAAGGUCUAGCUGAAGCUUUGGCACCUGGUUACGAAAAUGCCGGUGGAUGGACAAAUUGGGAUCAAGGAAACAACCAAAAUGCUAACCAAUGGAACAGUGCUCCACAAUGGAAUGCUGGUCCUCCAGCUCUUCCAAACGGACCUGCAGCUAGAAUUCCAGCAGGUGUUGAUCCUGGAUCUUGCCCCAACUAUCCAUUCUGCGGAGCUUGAUAGCUAUCAAAUUGCGCUAGAGUCCAGCUGACAACAUGUUGUGUAAAUAAGAAUAAUUUUUAUUUUAUUUGUUUUAUUUAGGUAAAUUAUAUGAUGGAUUUUUUUCUCCUUUCAAGUGUGAUGUAUUAGUCCACUGUAGCAUUUUGUUUUUGUGCUAUAGUUUACCUUUUUAUCUCAUUUUGUAAUAAUGAAUGUGAUUAAAAAUAGGUUUUUUUUUUUAAUUUU